CAAUAAUUGCACAUAAGCCCGAAGACCAGGGUUUUGCACCAGCGAAGCGGAAAUGCGGUUGUUGGCGAAGCGGCCCUCGGCGACUUCAGUGAAGAUGUGGAUUGCGCAGAGUGUACGCAAGAUACGAGCUUUUUUACGUCUCAGUUCUCUCUCUUAACUGAUGGCUGCUUCCUGAUAUCAAAAGGACUUACCCAAUUUCCGAUACUCAAUCUUGGUCUUUUGCCCCAACGUCUCAACAUCCAACCCCCCCUCACCCGCCUCGGCAAGCAAAUCCGGGAUCCUGCGCUCAGCCGCAAUGAACAGAGCCCUUGAUUCCAUGUAUUGGCCUCGAUUGUCCUCUCGGCGUCCCAGAGCUUUCGACUGGGGAGGAUCCUGGCUGUUGCUUCAUGACUGUGGUGUCCACCGCUUGCUUUGCCGUUGGGAAUGUUUGAUGGUUCGUCAAAGACUUCUUUGCUCCACUCUUCCUUGACAGUCAGGGCCGCGUCACGGAGUAGGUCGGAUAGCUUGAGGAGUUUGUCGGCGUCUUCGGAUGUGCGAGGGAAGCGCUCCAUGAUGUGAUUGCAGUUAUUUUCAACACGGCAAAUGCUGUACUUGGAAAUCUUCAAGAUGGACUGAAUGUGCACUGACCAUGAAUCAAUUGGCUAUCUAUUAACUGCUAUGAACCACCGAGCGAAGGACAGACCUGAGUUCUGUGAUGUUGAGUUCUCAGGACAGUCAACACCAAGGUGGGUUCAGGACCCGAGUUUGUCUUGGUUUCUCGGGCAGAACCCUAACCCGCCGCCAACUGGAGGCAAAGAAAAGAUGUUCAGCUCUGAUGACAAUAGAGUAGAGACGAAUGGAAUGCAAGCUUCGCGUCUUCUGAAGUUGGCUUGUCUUAGCACACAUAGAGGGCUCAUUGCGGUAAAGAACGCAACUUGGCUUUAACCCGUGCCGGGCUCAUCACAACCGGUCAUCGCCAUCAAACAAACAGAUUAUGUAAGCAGAGACGACGUGAAAGAUGCACGGUAGCAGAAGGGAUGCAAUCGUAAACUAUGUAGGCAACGACCCUCAUUGUUUAUAUCGUGAGAUCCCCCUUUUGUGGGGCAAGUGGGUAGAAAUUGUGCAUUCCCGCAGUGGACCCCACGCGAUUCAACCGCAUAUCUCAAACAAGCAUCAUGCCAAGAAGCCUAAUAAAAGCUUGGCCUCGGCUAGAUAACUUCACUGAAACCGCACCUGAAGUUUCAAUAGAUCCUUCUCUACGAUUUCCUCUCUCCUGGCCAUCAGCUCAGGCAUAUCCCAAGCGCAGCUGAUAUACCUCCCAGCCAACCACUCCCGUCGCUCGCUGGUCAGAAACACAAUGCUAUCACCGGCCAGCUCAGGCGUAUCAUGGCACACAGCUGCCGUCCAAUUCUUGUCAGCUGCGGCAUGUAACCUCAAACGCUCUGCGGGGUGAUGACCAACCUUGAACGAUUUCUGCUGGCAUAUUGUUAGCGAGAUCAGUCGCCACUGACGCCGGGUGAACAGAGUACACCAGCAGGCCCCUGGACUCGUAAUCCACCAUCAGAUACUCGGACAAACGCAGCACCGCCAGCUUAGACGGCUGAUAGGCACUCGCACCGGGGGUCAGCGCCAGGGCUCCGACCGAGGUGAGAUUGACAAUAGUCUUGUCCUUGCUCUUCAGGAUAAGAGGUAGAAGCGCACGAAUGACCCAGUAGACACCACGCACGUUGACCUCCCACGUCAACCACCAGUCGUCCCUGUCCCCUUCGCCCAAUGGCACAAACGGUGCCAGGUAUCCCGCAUUGUUGACAAGAAUGUCAAUGUGCCCCCACCUAGAGGCCAGCUCCUGGGCGCAUGCCUCGAUGGUGUCAUGGUCGUUGACGUCCAGCCGAAGGAUGAGAAAUUCAACGCUAUCUCUUCCCGCCUUUGCAGCUGCUUGGAGGGCCUCGGCAUGGGUGGCGGAUACGUCCCCGCGGGCGGUGAUGGCGAUGCGACUGGCACCCGCCUUGGCGUAAGACGCAACAAUGGCUCGCCCGAUGCCUUUGGCGGCGCCGGUAACGAGGACUGUCCUUCCGAUGCAUGGCGCGGGGGUGAUGCCGGAAGGAUCAAUCUGGGCAUAUGUGUCGCUGUGGGUCUGGGAGGUGAAGUUCACGCCCAGGCGUGAAGGAUCAAAGGCAACCAUGGUGUGAAUAAAAAGGGAUGGAAAGGGGGUGGAAGAAUCGACCUGCCUUGUUCGGAGAUUUGGAUUAGGUACCCCCCCUAUAUGCGCGACGCUGUCGGAUGUACGGAUGUAAGACGGGUGGCGUUGAACUCGGGUCCGGCCCGCUGGCUUGUACCUUGGUAGCUCGUCAGCUUCUAUCCUGGAUUUAACGUCCGGGGAUAAGGGGUGUUGGCCGAGACAAAGGAGGGGAGGGCAUCCAACGCAGCCCUAUGAGGCAAUUGGCAACCCCGACUUUGGAACAGUGAAUGAGCGCGGGGUUAGGUUGUAAGAACGUGUGACAAACCCACCGUAAUCUUCUUAAGACGAUGUGACCUGGAUGACCCGAAAUCCGCAGAAUCGAACACCACUAUCUACAACCCUCUGUUAUCGUAUCAUUAGCCAUCUCGUGCAUCUAUCUCAUCAUGUCGCCCCUCCCUCAUACCGGUCUUGGCCUCCUGGGAUACACAUGGCGCCCCAACAAGCCUUCGGAUGAACAAGCCUUCGAGGCCAUGAAGGCCGCCAUCAGCGCCGGCGCCACCAUCUGGUCGACUUCUUCCGUCUACGGACUGCCCCCCGAUCCCCCCACCGCCGGCCUUCACCUCCUACGCCGGUACUUCACCAAGUACCCCGAGGAUGCGGAAAAGGUGACCCUCUUCAUCCGGGCCUGCUUCGAUCCGACAACCUACUCCCCCAACUGCUCACCCGAGGGCGUGCGCGCCAGCUGGGAGGAAUGCAACGCCAUCCUCGGGGACGUCAAGUUCAUUGAUGUCUUCGGCCCUGCCCGGAUGGAUCAGAACAUCCCCGUCGAGGUGACGGUCGGUGCUCUCAAGCAGCUCAAGGACGAGGGCAAGAUCGGCUCUGUGGGUCUGUCCGAGGUUCGGGCCGAGACGAUCCGCAAGGCUGCCGCUGUGGUGCCCAUCACCCAUGCCGAGGUUGAGUUCUCGCUCUGGAGCAGUGAGAUCCUUACCAAUGGCGUGGCCAAGGCGGCUAAGGAGUGUGGUGUUGUACUGCUGAGCUACGCUCCUCUUGGAUACGGCUUCUUGACGGGUCAAAUCAAGAAGGUUGAGGAUAUUCCUCAGGGAGAUAACAGGCAUAUGUUUGGAAGGUUCCAGCCCGAGAACUUUGCCAAGAACCUCGAGCUUGUUGACAAGGUCAAGGCGUUUGCCGAGAAGAAGGGGGUGACGCCGGCGCAGCUCGCACUUGCUUGGAUCAGGUCCUAUUCCAACACUGGUGACGUCGGUGAAAUCAUUCCUAUUCCGGGAGCUACCCGCGCGGACCGUGUCAUUGAGAACUCGACGGUUGUGGAGAUCACCACGGAGGAGAAGGAGGAGCUGGACAAGAUUGUCAAGUCUUUCCCUAUCGCUGGACAUCGCCAGAUUCCCGGCGCUGACCACUUCCUCUGGACUUAGCUUUAGAUUUGUGAAGGCUCGUAUUGAGAUGAUUGAAAAAUAGGUACACAUUAUCCGGUCCAUUCCGCCUCAAUAAAC